CAUCAGAGCGUCAACAUGAAAGUUUAUCACACCUUGAUCUGCUUUUUCUUCUUCAUGCUGCAGGAUGGAAACAUUGGUCUCAUCAAUGCAGAAAUACACAUUCAUACAAAAAUUGAAGGACAAAGUAUCACAGUUCAAUGUAACUUUACCACGACUGGAGACAGGAGGUACUUCUGUAAGGACGAAUGUGAAGAGAAAAUUCUUGAAAUGGAUGGUGUCAGUGCUCAAAGAGGCAGAUACAGCAUGAGAUAUGAAACCACACAUACAAGAAGUCGUCUGGAUGUGACCAUCACACAUCUGACCAAAUCUGACUCUGGACGUUAUGGCUGUGGUUUGGACAAAUAUGCCGUAAUAGAUCCAUACCAGGAGUUUGAGAUCAUCGUCACAGAUGCUUCCACAACAACAAGAAUAACAACAACAACAACAACACAGAGUUUCAGAAGAAGCUCCACAUCUUCAACGUUUUCUGCUCAAACCACCAACCAGUCUGAAAAGGAGCAAACUGAGAAAACAACAGCUGGAGGUGUGCUGCUGUACGUGCGUCUGACUCUGGUCAUCAUCGUGAUCCUGUUCUCUGUGGCUGUGCUGAUACACAAGAAAAGAGCCUCCAAACCCAAAGAACAUCCUGAGGAAACAGAGUGUGCUAAUGUCACAGAGACCAGCCCAGUGUACGAGGAGAUCAGAGAGGGCGACGGACAGAGCAGAUCUCCUCCUGUGGAAAACUCAGUUGAAGCCUCAGCUGUCUACAGCUUGGCCCCUGCUACAGCAUCCUAUCCCAUGAGAAAACUGAAGACGACUGGAGUGAAGUCGUCUACACUCGGGUUGAUUUUUCCAACAGAGACGCUACCUCACUCAGCAGCGCCCCCUCUGGUCAUGUGAUCUACUCUGCGCCUCGAAAACACAUUAAUGCCAGAAUAGUGUCACAGUCUCUGGAGUCAACUGUGUCAACUUCACCCCAGCAGUAGCUUUAAAACUACUGAUAUCCUGUUUCCUCCCUGAGUGACAAACAGGUCAACACAGUAAUGAUGAUUAUGUUAAUAAUUAACCCCAGAGAAGUGUUUGAAGCUCUGGAAACCAAAUGUCUUAAUGUGCAAUUCAACGACUCCUACGUACCCUUUCUUAUGAGUUUCACAUGUAGACAUUGACACAUGCGAGAGAGAAGCACACUCAUAA